AUGGCUUCAAUUGUUGACAGCUUUUGGACGGAAGACUAUUCAACGGGUGUGAAUGCGUUGUUCGAGGCCUUAACUAGAGGUUGUGAUCAAAAUGAGCUUUAUAUCCAGCUAUUCGCGUCCAGAAUGGAGUUUGAGGCAAAUCAGGGCAAACAGCUUUGCCAAAUGGACAAAAAUAUAGAAGGGCUUGAAGCAAAUACCAUGACCGGGUUCACUUUGGACCAUGCCCUACACACAUUGGUGCUAAAUAUGCAAGAGGAAGGAAACAAUCAUUUAAUGAUAGCUUCAGACAUUGAAUCGACAGUAUUAAGACCGUUUAGUAAAUGGUGCGAAGAACAUAAGCAACGAGUAGAAUACUCUCGAAGAACGUUAAAAACUAAUGUUGCGAACUUUCAAAAGUCAAGGAAACUGGUCGAGAGACAUGGACAAGUAUACUUCGGAAAAUGUCGUCAGUAUGAAGACUUCAGACGAUCAAAGUUUAAUGAGGAAGAGUUAAACGAAAUCAUGAAGUCUUUGAAAGUUCAACAAGAACGCGAAAUUCUGGCCGCGAGAGAGCGAGAGUUUACAAGUUUUGGGAAAGUUGGGAACAUUGAUCUCGAUUUCAAAUCAAUGAGGGAAAUAGUGCAUGCAUUACUGUCACAACUCCCAAAAACAGAAUACAAGGUACCUUUGAUUAAUUUCAAGAUCCCCAAUACUAACAGUGGUAGCGAAAUCGUCAAAUUUUUGAUGGAACAUGUCUCCGUAAAGGACGCUGACCAGGCCGAAGUUUUUGGGCAAGAUUUGUUGGACAAAGGAUUUUUGAAGUACUGCAAUGGUGUUGGCACUACGUUUGUUAACUCUCGCAAGUUUCAAUACAGUUGGAGAGAUUACGCUUACAGAUUUGCCAGAAUUUCUCCAGAUGAAACUGAAACGCAAGGACUGGACGUUCAAUUGGCAUCAGAAGGUAAGUCUAACUCAUCUCCGGAUCUCAUGCCAGCAAUCUUGACUUCUAGUUCUACUCCUGAUGCCGAAACGACUACAACAAGUGAGAAAACCGUAUUUUCCGAUGCCGAAAGAACGCUUUUUAAAUUGAAAAGAGAGGUUGAGGAUUCAGACAAAAAAUAUCAACAACAAUGUAUAAAAGUUGAUGCCCUUCGCUGUUCUCUUGAGGAACUGAUCAUCGACCAUUACGCGUUCAUGGAAAAAUGUGAAGUUGAUAGGCUCAAAGCAUUGAAGAAGGUCGUACUUGAUUUCUCGACUAUCAUGGGCGGUACCUUGAGCUCAUUCGAAACCUUGCUUGAUCAAACCAAAAAAAUUGAGCUUGGAAUCUCACCUGCUGAAGAUCUGGCUAACAUGAUAAAGGGGCGCCGCACAGGGUAUUUUAGGCCAAUGGCAAUUUCAUACAAUAAUUACUAUAAUCCGGGUGGAUUUCAAAACUUUGGAAUAGAGUUGGACACGCGCUGCCGUUUAGACAAGCGCGUGGUACCUCUACUUGUGUCUGCCAUUUUAUCAUACAUGGAUCUCCUGUAUCCUGAGCUUCCCAAUGAUAGUGUCAGAACUAGAAUAUGGACGGCUCCUGUUAAAUUAAGUCUUACCCACGAGAUAAGAUCUCAACUAAAUCAAACACAGUUUGAAACUGAAGCAGAAAUCUUCGAGGUCAUCGAGGCUUCUAAGGUUGAAAGUGCAACACUAGCAAGCGCCAUGAAAAUUUACUUGAUGGAACUUCCUGUUGCAUUGAUAACAGACGAUAUAUGCGAAAUUCUGAAAACAAUCUAUUCCGAAUUUCCCAUUUCCUCAAAGGUAACUGACCAAAGUGAGGCCAAUGACCAGAAGAGAGUUGCAGGACUAUCAAAUGCUUUGCAUUCUUUAUCAACGCCACAUUUGGCAACUCUUGACGCCAUAACGUCACACUUUUCUCGACUUAUAAAGAUUAUCAAAAUGGGUGAAAAAGAAAUUGACAAGGACCUCGCGGGAGAGUUUACUAACGCCAUUUCACAACAAUUUUCGAAUUGCAUCUUGCAUAAUAAUUUUCCUGAAGGCAACGAUCUUGGCUUCAAGAUUUUUCAUGACCUUCUAACAUACAGAAAACCUAUCUUUCGCAAUCUGAAAAGACAGAACUCGCGCGGCAAAGAUCUCAACCAAAAUUGA